GCGGCCUCGGCUGUCAAUCACUGUGUCCCGUCCGGUGAUUUCUCCGCAGCACCUUGUGAUCGCUCAGUAUAUAUACACAACACAGAUCUCUCCCCUGUCAACUCCUGUAUACUGCUUUGUAAGGCUCUGCAUAGCAGAGCCAAAGGAAAGCACUCACACAGCACACUGUGAAACAGCACACAGUUAACCCUUUGAUCGCCCCACAUGUUAACCUCUUCUUGCCCAGUGCCAUUAGUACAGUGUCAGUGCUUUUUAUUAGCACUGAUCACUAUAUUGUGUCACUGGGAAUGUCAGUGGCAACAAGUCAGUUCCCCCCAGUGUCAGAAUGCCCCCCACAGUCCCGCUAUAAGUCACUGA